GUGUGUGCACGCGUUUGGAAAGCGCCAGGUUCGGUCCCUGACGGGUCGCAGUGACUUCUGUGUCUGUUCUCAUCUGUCCGCUCGUGGUUCAGGUGAAACAGGUUAUCUGCUUUGCGCGUUGAAUAAAUAACAAAAAUGGCCGCGUGCGUGAAAACGUGCAAGAAAUAUAGUUUGUUAAUACGCGUUAUAGAUCAUCAUUCGCCUGAAUAUAGUUUGUUUGCCUCGCUCUGCCGAUAUUGAUCUGUUUCUGCUCGUCGGCCGCUAUCAUUCAUUGAUUGAACGUCCCGCGCUGCAGUUUUGAUGGAGCGAAGCUUGAAAAAAAUGUCCCGUGGGAAUGAAAACACGAUUCUGCACUUGGCUGGAGCAGUGGAUGAGAAGUGUGUAGCAGAUCGGGGAGGGAGCGGGAACAGCGUCGGCCACAACUGGAGUCUCACUGAUCGGCAGCCAUGAUCACAGUAGAGCAGAGGUCAGGUUUGACAGCGGGAAUGAUUCUCACUGCAGGCGAAACGUUCUCAAACGGAGCAGGUUCUGACUCGGAUGCCGGGGGCAUUGGAGAAACUGGGGAGGGGGCGCCUGAACUUGUUGAAAGUGAAAACACUUCUGGAGCUAUGCAGCAGGUGUUGGAUAACCUGGGCGAGUUGCCCGCCACCACCGGGGCUAAAGACAUUGACCUCAUCUUCCUCAAAGGCAUCAUGGAGAGUCCAAUCGUCCGCUCACUGGCCAAGGCUCAUGAGCGUUUGGAGGAUGUGAAGUUGGAAGCAGUGCAGGAGAAUAACGUGGAGCUUGUGACUGAGAUCCUGGGUGACAUCAGCGGGCUGAGCGUACGAGAUGACAGCGCAGCAGAGCUCUCCAAAAUCCUGCAGGAGCCCCAUUUUCAGUCUCUUCUGGAAGCCCAUGACAUUGUGGCGUCUAAGUGCUAUGAAGCCCCACCCCCUCCUGAAGUGACCAAUGAUGCAGCAGUAAAUAAUGCUCUUAUGCAGGCCGAUGCCGUCAGGAUGAUUGGCAUCCGCAAGAAAGCAGGAGAACCUUUGGGUGUGACCUUUCGAAUGGACAAGGGUGACCUGGUAAUCGCUCGCAUCCUCCACGGAGGGCUGAUUGACAGGCAGGGGCUGCUGCAUGUGGGUGACAUUAUAAAGGAGGUGAAUGGGAAGGACGUCGGUAAUAAUCCCACUGAACUCCAGGAGAUGCUCAAAGAAUGUAGUGGAGGAAUAACACUGAAAAUACUGCCCAGCUACAGAGAUGCUGCAGCGCCACCACAGGUUUAUGUGCAGCCACAUUUUGACUACAAUCCCGCCAAUGACAAUCUAAUUCCAUGCAGAGAGGCGGGGCUUGCUUUUAAAAGGGGAGAUGUCCUGCAGAUUGUCAACCGAGAAGACCCAAACUGGUGGCAGGCAUGCCAUUUAAUAGAAGGAGGUACUGGGCUGAUUCCCAGUCAGUUUCUGGAGGAAAAGAGGAAAGCAUUUGUUCCUAGGGACCUGGAUGGAACAGGGAUCCUUUGUGGUACAAUAACCGGUAAAAAAAAGGAAAAAAUGAUGUACCUUACUGCCAAAAAUGCAGAGUUUGAUCGGCAUGAGCUUCAGAUCUACGAGGAAGUGGCACGUAUGCCACCGUUUCAGAGGAAAACGCUCAUCCUGAUUGGAGCGCAAGGAGUGGGGCGCCGUAGCCUGAAAAACAGACUAGUUGUGCUACAUCCCACUCGCUUUGGUACCACUGUACCACACACGUCUCGGCGGCCUCGCAAUGACGAGCUAGAUGGUCAGUCGUAUAGAUUUGUAACCCGUCUAGAGAUGGAGAUGGACAUCAAGGCGGGACGGUACCUGGAACAUGGAGAGUACGAUGGGAACCUCUACGGUACUAAAAUUGACUCCAUCCAUGAGGUGGUGAACACCGGCCGCACGUGUAUCCUAGACGUCAAUCCCCAGGCUCUGAAGGUGUUAAAAACUGCAGAGUUCAUGCCCUAUGUCGUGUUCAUCGCAGCGCCAGAGUUUGACACACUGAAGUCUAUGCACAAAGCUGUGGUUGAUGCUGGACUCACCACCAAACAGCUCACAGAUGUGGACCUGAAGAAAACCGUGGAUGAAAGCGCUCGCAUCCUUCGGGCUUACAGACACUACUUUGACCUCAUCAUUGUCAAUGACAACCUAGACGGCGCGUUUGAGAAACUGCAGUCGGCUGUGGACCAACUCUGUACUGAACCACAGUGGGUUCCAGUGAGCUGGGUUUACUAAGGGCAUCUUUAAAAGAUCACCAUACUAGUGUUUGAGUGUGUGUGUGUGUGUGUGUGUGUGUGUGUGUGUGUGUGUGAUUGGCAUGUGAGGGGAUUGAUGCGGGGCAGUGAAGUCACGUGUUUGGACUGACCAACCAAAUGAACGUCAUCUGCCACGAAAAGCACCGUUAGCCCCAGCCUCACUACUGUGCAAACAAUGCAAGGUUUUUCUACUCAAACUGAAAGGGAAGAGUACUUAUUUAUUUUAGUAUUUGUAUGCUUUUAAAGAAAAUCUUUCUAUUUGUAACAUCUUCGGAGUUGGGAGAAAAGAAAAGCGAGGAAAACUGAAACCGGCCUUGCCAAAAGAGGGGCCGUUUUUUAAUUUAUUAUUGUAGUUGUUUUUACAUGCGUUUCUCCUUUUUAAUUUUGCAGUACCUGAACCUACUGUGACGUUUUGAUUUAUACUCAAAUGAAGGAUUAACCUGACAGAGUGUAGCAGGCCAAGGGCUCCUGUAGAACAUUCUAGAUCCUAAAACCAUGAACCACAAAACUGUUUACAUAGACCCUGUUCUCCUGUCAUUUGCUUUUCUUCAUAUCCGAAAGAGAUGCAUUAAAUCUCUUUUAUGCAAACGUC